AAAGAGUUAAACGUGGCCGGGCUCUGCAGGCUGUGAUUGGCCCGCAGCUGCAGCGCUGGGACGGACAGCGAGUCUCGGCUGUGUGCGCGCUCCUGGAAAAGUCACUCUGUGGAUGAAGCGGACUACACGGACCGGACUGGACUUCCCUGAGUUUUCUUUUCCCUAACACUUUGGAAACUUUGUUAUUGUGAUUUAUGGAAGUGUCCGGUUUUAUUGCAGCCUUGAAUCCGUUAUUUUAUCCCAGAGAGAGGCAUGUGCUGGUCUGUUAGAGGUCGGUGGAAAGUCGACCGCUGUCACUUUUGAUUCAUGGACUCGACACGGACUUUAGCUAAAAGCAUUUCAGUCCAGAGGCUGAUACGAGGCUGACUUAAUUCACUGAAUAUUAAGAUUUAGGGAAGAUGAAUUUGUCUUUGGACAGCAUGGACAUCCUGAAGAUUGUGUUACUCAUCUUUGAGGCUGUUUUGCUGACUGACUGCGUAAGAGGACCUCCACGGGUGUCUGACAAAGUUGAGCACAGACAGACGGCCCGGGUGGGCAGCGCCAUCAAGCUGCCGUGUCCGGUGGAAGGAGACCCUCCACCCCUCAAAAUGUGGACCAAAGACGCACGCAACAUCCACAGCGGCUGGAUACGCUUCCGCAUCCUCCGCAUGGGCCUGAAGAUCAAAGAGGUGGAGACGGAUGAUGCGGGGACCUACAUCUGCAAAGCAACAAACGGCUUUGGUAGCGUUAACAUCAACUACACCCUCAUCGUCAUUGAUGAUUCGGGUUCUGAUAAAACUGGAUUGAGGGCACCUGAUGGAGCCAACACUGAGCUUGGUGGUGAAAAAUUUGUGCGUCCCCGCUUCACUCAACCUACUAAGAUGAGGAAGAGAGUGAUAGCUCGCCCAGUGGGCAGCUCGGUGCGGCUCAAGUGCGCAGCCAGUGGAAACCCUCGACCGGACAUCGUGUGGCUGAAGGACGACCGGCCGCUGACGGAGCAGGAGGUCGGCGAGGGCCGUCAGAAGAAGUGGACUCUGAGUCUGAAGAAUCUGAUGCCAGAGCACAGCGGCAAAUACACCUGCAGGGUCUCCAAUUGUGCCGGGGAGAUCAACGCCACGUACAAAGUUGAGGUCAUACAGAGGACAAACUCCAAACCUGUCCUGACAGGCACCCACCCGGUCAACACAACGGUGGACUACGGCGGCACCACGUCCUUCCAGUGCAAAGUGAGGAGCGACGUUAAGCCGGUCAUUCAGUGGCUCAAACGCGUGGAGACCAACGAGGAGAGCCGCUACAACUCCACGAUCGAGGUGGGGGACCAUAGGUUCGUGGUGCUCCCCACGGGUGAGGUGUGGUCGAGGCCCGACGGCUCCUACCUCAACAAGCUGCUCAUUAGCCGCGCCAAGGAGGAGGACGCUGGCAUGUACAUCUGUUUAGGCGCCAACACCAUGGGCUACAGCUUCCGCAGUGCCUUCCUCAGUGUGCUGCCAGACACUAAGCCUCACAUAACACCGAUGUUUCCGCAAGCCUCCAGCUCCCUCCCCUGGCCUGUCAUCAUUGGUAUCCCUGCAGUAAUAGUGUUCAUCUUUGGCAUAGUGCUGCUGUGGUUCUGCCAAAGCAGAAAACACUGUCCUCCUCCCAGCUCCCCGGCCGCACAGGUACUGCAGAGCUCCCACCGGCUGCCGUACCGGGAGCGCGACAGGGGCUGCGCGGCUCCCUUGUCCAGCUCCUCCAGCCCCGAGAAAGACUGCGUGACAUCCAUGAACUAUGAGGAGUACCUCGCGCAGCAGCAGCAGCAGCUCCUCCUCAGCCAGGGAGGACCAACAAUUCCCACUAAAAUCUACCCCAAAAUCUACACAGACAUUCACACACACACUCACUCCCACGUGGAUGGGAAAGUACAUCAGCAUCAACACAUUCAUUUUCAGUGUUAGUGCCAAAUAUUCCCAAAUACUCUCACUCCUCCAGUGCGGACAUUAAGCUGCGGACUGAACAGCAGCUCUGGAGUGACACUCACCUGGCAUUACUUUUUUAAAAUGGAGAUUUUUGGGAAAAGUGUACAAUGUGUGGAAAAACAGUGGCCAGUGAUACACACUUUUUGUUAUUACAUAAAAACUUCCAUAUUUGUUGCUCUCUUUUUUUUAUACCUGUCAGAUUCUCACACCACUAAAAAUGGAUUAAUCCUUGUUGGGCACUUAAUAUUAAAAAGGACGGGGACGUUUUUAUUUUAUUUUUUAAGAGUGUGAGGUUAAUAGCAGCUAUUAGGACCAGCUGAAAGGUCUUCCUCAUCAGAUGAAUUUUCCAUUUUCUCAAAUGAAAGUUGGUCUUUAUCUUUCACAUGCUCAGCUGUUGGAGCGCACAGAUGAAAAUGGUACUCAAGACUUACAAAAGGGCUGGUUUUACGCUCCUACUCAGGUUGUCCUUUUGUUUGUUAAAGAUGCAUUAUGCUGGGAAUGCUGACCACUAUCCUUUAUGUUACCUUUUUCCAUCCCUGACUUCUGUUAAAAGUGAUAUAGUAUAGACUGAUAAAUGUUUAUGGUCUUUCACAGAGUGGAAUAAUUACAUUGCCAUGUCAACUGUGUUGGUCUACAUUAUCAUUUUUUAACCUUUUUUGUGGUAGCUUCCCAUCUGUAGUCAGUAGUAUGUUGACAAACAAGAGAAGAUGAGUCUUUUUGACAUCAACCUUUUCCACCCACAGUUCAUGAAGCUGUAGUCAUUUAUAAUCAAACUGAGUCAUGACUAUUUAAUUUAUUUUGCUAAAAAAAUGUAUCAAAGGUUUAUUUUUCAGAGUAAAGCGUUUUGCAUAUCUAUGUAAAGUUAUUACGUUGUUGUGUAUAGUACAUAUUUGAAUAUUGUCACUCAGUUUAUUCACAUUUACUUCAUGCCAAUAUUUAGAUAUUUUUUGUAUGUAAUUGGUUGUAUUUGACAAUCUUAUUUGAUGUACUCUAAGGUUUAAAAAAAAAGUUUGAAGGUUUGAUAGUUUGAUUAAAUGACCAGAAA